AUGGUGGCCGAGCUGCCGGCACGACCUCGUCGCCGAGGCAGUGGUGGUGGGCAGCUUUUAUUCACGGUCGCCGGAUUCACGACGAGGGGCAGCUCGCGCCCGGAAGAUUCCAGCCUAACGGAUCCAUGGGUGGAUGACGAUGAUCUGCUUCCGUGCCCUGGUUGCGGCUGCCCGCAGCAGUUUGGAAAGCUAUUGUGCGGAAAGCAAGGGGAAGAAAAACCACACCCUGCACAUUCCGAUGCCCUGGCCGGUCAGAUCACGACAGACCCAGGCUUUGCCGCAAACAUUCCCGCCCCGCUGAUCGCGGAGGCUGCACAAGCGCUGGAGGGACAAGGGUGGUGGGCUGGCUCCUGCCCUGCUGGCUGGGCCUGCUGACUGCAGUGACGUUUCGGCUGCAUGGCCGGGCUUGCUGCGGCAUAUCAUCAAAUCUCGACAAGCAAGCAGCAGGCAGCACCAACGAAUAAACACCAGGACCAGCACCAGGCAGGACCCUCCCCCCCUGGUUGUGUGUCCCGGGAACAAAGCCAACAUCUGGCCGUCUCGUCGCACCUUAGCACAUGUCCCGGCCGCUCCGAGGUGCAACCCGUGCGUCGUGGAUGGUAACCUGGGCUACCCGGGUACAUUGGGGAUGGGGCUGGGCCGCGUGCAGGUACAUUUGCGGACUGUACAGCCACAGAGAGCGGCUCCUUUAGCCAUGCCGCCACGCGCGCGUCUUUUUUUUUCUUCCUUGUGCGUAAAGGUGCAGGGUGCAAUGUCGACAGGCCAGCCCCGUUCAUGGCACCCGCUCUGCUGGGCGGGAGGGACGGCCGCAGGUGAGCCAGCCAACCGCCCGGGAGAAUUAAGAAACAUGGGACUGGAGGCGGCCGGACUCGCAACGACUCCCUGUCGCGGAAGAAACGGCCAUGGAGAAUAAAAAGACGCCCAGCUGCCCCCUCCCCCGCCCCGGCCCAGUGCUCACGGGCGUCCCCACUGAUCGAAUUCUUUUCGCUUCAUGUGCCAUUCCGCCUCCUCGCACCCCUCCCCUCACCCGCGGAGCUGCUUUUGGCGAAGAUCCUGACCGGGGUCUUUUUUUUUUUUUUUUUUAU